AUAAUAAUACUAACAACAAAAAAAGAAGUCGUGAUUCAUUUUCUGAUGUAUAUGACAAUAGUGACUCGUUUUACUAUAUCUAGGGCGUGCUUAUCCGUUUAUCAGAUGUUUGCAGAAGAUAAAGAAUGCCGUGACCGUUUAGUGGUACCUGUCGCACCUAAGAUGAUCGUUUCAUGCAAACAAUUCAGAGGCUCUUUUCCAAUUUAAAAAUUAUUUCUUGUUAUUAAAAUUUCGAUUUUUCUUCUUUUUUCCCUUUGGUUUUGAAAAAGUGAUAAAAAAUGGUAGUGAAAUCCGCAACAAGUGGACCGAAUUUGAUCGAGAAACAAAUUGGGUGUCUCAAGUAUACGAUUUUCUGCUUUAAUAUCGUCAUAUUUUUGCUAGGAUGCAGCAUGUUCGGUUUAUCAAUUUGGUUACGAGCAGACUCGGGAUUUCAGGAUUUCGUUGAUUAUUUAGAUAUCGAUGAAUUUUACAUUGGAGUGUAUCUACUAAUUUUUACGUCAGUAAUAAUUAUGAUAAUCGCAUUCAUUGGAUGUGGAGCAGCUUUAAUGGAAUAUAUAACUGCUCUUUACGCGUACACUGGACUUCAAGUUUUGUGUUUUAUAUUUGGCCUGGCAGGAGCUGCAGUUCUUUUAGAUUAUUCGACAUACGAUAGCGAUAUUCAACCGCUAAUUCGAAGAUCAAUGACGUCUUUGAUUUCAAAUUCUCAACAUGAGGACGCUUCUCGAAUGCUCAGGAUAGUACAAGAACAGAUUGGAUGCUGUGGUGCAGACGGUCCCAUGGAUUAUCUCACUUUACUUAAACCACUGCCCACUGAAUGUCGAGAUUCUGUUACCGGAAAUGCUUAUUUUCAUGGAUGUGUCGAUGAGUUAAGUUGGUUCCUCGAGGGAAGGUCUGCAUGGUUAGCGGGUUUAGCACUAUCUCUCUGUAUGUUUCAUGUGGUUCUUGGAGUUCUGUCUCUAAUUUUAGUUCAAGCAAUUCAAAAGGAAGAAGAAAGUGCAACAUUUAAGCGUUGACUAACAUCUAGCUUUUAGUACAUUAGACUUUUAUAUUUUAAUAUAUAUUGUAAAAGAAAUUUUUUACUUGCGAUGAAAGAUUAUUUUUCUGAAAAUAAUUUUAUAGGUAUAUUUAUUGUUUAAGUAUGUUUAUAUUUUAUAUGUUUAAAUUUUAUAAGUAUGUUUAUAUUUAUAAAUCUUCUAAAUAUUAGAUAAGACUCUGUUAAUGAUUAAACGUUAAAUGAUCCGCUGGAAAGUAUAUAACCACACAUAAAAUUCUGACCCCCAUUAAA